AUGGCGUCCGAGUCGGGUUCGGUUCAUCGAAAUAUUCUUCAGAUGUCAGUUAGCGCUAUUUGUAGAGAGCAAGGAUUCUCUUCKGCUUCAAGACUAGCGAUUGAAACUCUGACAGAGAUGCUUCAAAGUUAUUUAUUAGAGCUUGCAAGAGGAGCAAAGACCCACUGUGAGUUGUCUACAAGAGUGAAGCCAACGUUAGGAGAUGUCAAAAUGGCUCUAAUUGAUGUUGGUGCUGAUUUAGACUCAAUCCCACACUAUGCAAAACGAAGUCAUAGACUACAUCUAAAUAAUCCUCUAAAGUCCAAAAUCAUGCCAGCACCAAAAGCCCUUGAGGCUGGAAAUAAGCAAGCUAGACCAUCAUAUAUACCAACACAUCUACCAGCAUUUCCAGAUCCUCAUUCAUAUGUCAAAACACCGACUGCUCGUCAGCUCAGUGAAGAGUACAAGGCUGUACGAGAAAGAUAUGCCAAUCAGCGCAAGGAAAUAGAACAAGGGCUUGCUAAGUUCCUUGCAAAAACAGCAGAACACAAAGCAGCUGUGUGUCAAGGUUUGGAAAACGAUCCAGCAUGUUUAU